CAACUCUUCUUCAUCUCUAUUUCUAUCUAUAUCUCUCGUCCUCUCUCUCCCUCUCUCUCAAAUUCUUUUGUUCGUCUCUGUGGAUCGUUGGAGGGGAUAUUGGGAGGAGCGAGAGGGAACAUAAAAUUCCGUGAUUGAAUUGUGGUAGAAGAGAUAGAUAAUUCUUAGCCGUAUCUGGGUUUUGUUCCAAUUUUGGUGGAAGAGAAAUGGCACAACGAUCGCAUGUACCAAAAUUUGGGAACUGGGAAAACGAAGAAAAUGUUCCAUAUACGGCAUAUUUUGAUAAGGCUCGCAAAGGUCGUACGGGGACAACGAUGAUCAACCCGAAUGACCCCGAAGACAACCCAGAUAUCCUCUCUGAUUACUCAUCUUCAGCUGAUACUUCUCUCACAAAAAAGAAUGGAGGCCCGAAACCAGCAGAGCCUGGUGCUGGUGCGGUGAGAUCAGCACAUGAAAGGCAAAGGAGCAAGGAGGAUAGUGAGUUGAGGCAGUUCGCAAACGCUCCAGCGAAUCACAAUAACCUUGGCCGCAGAACCAGUUAUGACUUGACAAAUCAGCGUCAGGGUGGUGGAGGCCGUGGAGCGGUUUCUGGUGACACUCAGAGAAGACCUGCAAGGCAUAGUACUGGCUCCGACCAAAGUAUUGAAAAGUCACCCCUUCAUCGCCAUGCCAGGGCUACUGGGCGAGAUUCUCCAUCUUGGGAAGGAAAGAGCUCAUAUGAAGGUGGUACUCCUGGACGAUCUCGGUUGAGACCUCGGGGAGACGAAACACCUGAUCAUGGUGCUGCUGUUCCGAAAUUCGGGGAGUGGGACGAAACCAACCCCGCAUCAGCUGAUGGAUUUACUCACAUCUUCAAUAAAGUGCGCGAAGAGAGGCAGAUUGGCGCAGGAAGAGUUGGCACGCCUGAGCCGCCCUAUCAUCAUUCGCGAAAACCGGUUCAAGAUGAUAGUGCCAAGGGCUGCUGCUUCGGAUGGUUCAGAAAGUAGUGUCACUGAAUUUUCUGGCGGAUGACUUAUAUAAGGUGUAAUUGUGGCACCAAUGUGUAUAUACAUAUAUAUAAUUUAUAUAUAAUAUCUUUGAAGGCUGUCUCCUUGAGGAGUAACUUUUAUGAAGUCUCAUUCAGUUUCUAAAAAGUGUGCUGUUACGUAUUAGUGAACAUUCAAUUCGGAUUUGGAAACAUGUUUUCUUUUCUUUUUCCCUCUUUUUUUUUUUGGGUUUAUCCUUCUUCAACUUUAGUUGGUUUUGUUGUGAUGUACUAUUUACUCUUUCAGUUUUUUGGCUUAUUAAAUUUGAAUGGAAAAUACCAAA